AUGUGGGCGGCGUGGGCGGCGGGCGGAGUGGCGGUCCCGCUGUGCGAAAGCUACCCUCCAGAGGAACUGCUAUACGUCCUUAGAGACUCGGGUGCUUCUUUAGUUGUGGGGCCGGAGUCCAGCCGCCCGGUUUUGGCGCCGCUGGCGGCGGAAGUGGUGGCGGCGUUUGUCCCAUCUGACCCGCUGGAGGGCAGAGAAUUGGAGGAGAGGGACGUGGGGGAGGAGCGGGCGGGCAUCGAAGCCAUGAAGAACGUGCCCUUCUCGCACGCAGAGACAGUUUUGGCGCCGCUGGCGGCGGAAGUGGUGGCGGCGUUUGUCCCAUCUGACCCGCUGGAGGGCAGAGAAUUGGAGGAGAGGGACGCGGGGGAGGAGCGGGCGGGCAUCGAAGCCAUGAAGAACGUGCCCUUCUCGCACGCAGAGACAGUUUUGGCGCCGCUGGCGGCGGAAGUGGCGGUGGCGUUUGUCCCAUCCGACCCGCUGGAGGGCAGAGAAUUGGAGGAGAGGGACGCGGGGGAGGAGCGGGCGGGCAUCGAAGCCAUGAAGAACGUGCCCUUCUCGCACGCAGAGACAGUUUUGGCGCCGCUGGCGGCGGAAGUGGCGGCGGCGUUUGUCCCAUCCGACCCGCUGGAGGGCAGAGAAUUGGAGGAGACGGACGCGGGGGAGGAGCGGGCGGGGAUCGAAGCCAUGAAGAACGUGCCUUUCUCGCACGCAGGUGUGUUCUGGCCGGCGUCACCCCAAGCACAUGUGCAUGGCAUCAUGAAUGCGCUGCUCAGCCCUCUCUCUGCUGGUGCAACGGUGAGUGUCUCUGUGCUGUACCGCACCGCACCGCACCGCACCGCACUGCUCUGCACCCAUGUGUGUGUAUGUAUGCUCUUGGUGCUGCUCUGGUGUGUUCUGGCUGGCGUCACCCCAAGCACACAUGCAUGGCAUCAUGUAUCCAUAUCUGCUCAUGUGUCAUGUCACCCCGAGCAUGGCAUCAUGAAGGUGUUGCUCAGCCUUCUCUCUGCAGUUGCCACGUCACCCCGAGCACAUGUGCAUGGCAUCGUGAAUGCGCUGCUCAGCCCUCUCUCUGCUGGUGCCACGGUCGAGUUCUUCCCAAGCCACCGUUUCAGCGCGACAGCAGUGUGGCAGCGCUGGCGGGAGAGAGGGGCGCAUGUGUCACCGCAUCACCGCUCUCCACCCCCUUGCACACACCUUCACGCCCCUUGCUCCCUAUUACCACAGGUCGAGUCGAGUUCCUCCCCAGCCACCUCUUCAGUGCAGCAGCGGUCUGGCAGCGGUGGAGAGGGAGAGGGGUGCAUGUGUCACUGCAUCACCGCUCACCACCGCUUCACGCCCCUUGCUCUCUAUUCUCUCAGGUCGAGUUCCUCCCCAGCUAUCGCUUCAGUGCAGCAGCGGUCUGGCACCGGUGGAGGGAAAGCUACCCCGACGGGCACUGUGCUCAGCCCGACUCGGUUACAUUCUUCACUGGAGUGCCAACCCACUACAUGCUCCCAUGCCCCCCACAGGUCGAGUUUCUCCCAAGCCAUCGCUUCAGCGCAGCAGCAGUGUGGCAGCGCUGUGGGAGAGAGGGGUGCAUGUGUCAUUGCGUCACCGCUCUCCACCGCUUCACACCCUUGCUCUCUGUUCUCUCAGGUCGAGUUCCUUCCAAGCCACCGCUUCAGCGCAGCAGCUGUGUGGCAGCGCUGGCGAGAAAGCUACCCCGAUGGUCACUACGCACAGCCAGACUCCAUUACCUUUUUCACCGGAGUACCAACCCACUACAUGCGCCUGCUACAAGAAUUCGACCGCAUGCCCCUGCAGUUGCAGAGGAAGUCAGCUCUAGCCGCCAGCAAGCUGAGGCUCAUGAUGUCCGGCAGUGCGGCAUGCCCAGAUGAGCUCAUGCGGCGAUGGCACCAGGUCACAGGGCAGAGGCUGCUGGAGCGAUACGGAAUGACAGAGUUUGCAAUGGCACUCACCAAUCCGCUGCUGGGAGAGAAGAAGUCAGGCUCAGUGGGCGUGCCUCUGAGAGGGGUGAAGGUGAAACUAGCAGACACUGCAAAGGACCGGCACAGCACUGCCAACGCGAGUAAAACCAGCACUAACAGCAGCAGCGGCAACAGUAGCAGCACUGGCAGUGCAAGGGCCCUGCUAGGUCACUUAUCUGCUCCUGGGGCCUUCAGCAGCAGCAGCAGCAGCAGCAGCAGCGCCGACAGCAGCAGCGGCACGUGGGGUGGGGGCUGGGGAGAGCUACUGGUGAAGAGUCAUGGCAUGUUCCUGCGAUACUGGAACCGACCUCAGGAAACAGCAGAGGCGUUUGACUCGCAGGGGUGGUUUCGGACGGGCGAUAUUGCAUCUGUGGACAGUCAUGGGUACUGGCAGAUUCACGGCAGGGCGAGUGUUGACAUAAUCAAGACGCGGGGCUUUAAGGUUUCUGCACUUGAGAUUGAAUCGAAGCUGCUGGAGGGGCAGCAGCAGGGCGUUACCAGGGGAGGUGUUUCUGGCACCAGCGAGGCUGCACUUGGGGAGCAUACUGCCAUUACUCUUGAUGAGCUGAGGAAAUGGGCAGCCCCCCGCAUGGCUCAUUACAAGGUGCCAUCUCGCCUGAGGGUGGUUGCCACAAUGCCACGCAAUGCCAUGGGGAAGGUGAACAAGAAGGAUAUCCUGAAGAGCCUCUUUGCCCCUAUGCAGCAGUCAUGA